UUGCUCAGCCGCCGCCGUACCGCCAUUCGGUCCAAUUCGAAGGUGAAGUCCUGCUCGGUGCCCACAGCGCUGUGUCGACGUCCGGACAGUCGCCAGUCUCCUGUAAGUCGAGGCAACUUGGCCGCCGCGCCACACUCGUACGCCUUCCUGAGCCGCGUUCCUGGUAGGCGAGUGAGCAGUCGCGCGAGUGCGGGAACAGCUAGUUCGGGACGAAAACUGCGCCAAACCGCUCCGCCCAAGACCGCGGUCCACGAAAUGUUUAUAAAAUCGCUGUCACCAGUGACAGAUGGUGUUUGACAUUUGUGUCGGGAAAGUGGCCAAGUAAAAAAUAAAAAGAAAGUUUCCGCCCGCGUCGGCGGUGGGAUGUGCUGUGCAAGUUCGACAAACUGUUUUCGUGCAUGAGAUGAAUUGGGGAAUCGCCUGAGGGAAGAAAAGUCGCAAGUGGCCCGCGCCAGGGCGACGCUCGCGCCGCGAGAACGUUGUGACGGCCCGACAAGGACUCGAGUGAAAAUGUGAAGUGCGUGAGUCCUUGUACCGCGCGGUUCGUGUCGCUAAUGAAUUAGAGAAGUCGCGAGUAAGAGCGACGACCCCUGCCAGCGUUCGACACAAUGCAGGCUAAAAAGCGCUACAUCCUAGUCUUCGUGUCGUGUGCGUUCCUAGCCUACUGCUACUUUGGCGGCUACCGACUCAAAGGCAGCCCCAAGCCCGCCGUCCGGAGCCCUCACGCGUUGCCCACGUUCCUGCCGCUCGCCGGGGAGCGCAGUCACGCGGAACAUCCUCCCAGCGCCCCAUCCCCGAAUGCGUCCGCCAUCGGCCCCUUGAACAGCGGUGGACGCGACAAGUCAAAGUCCUGCCGCAUGGAAACCUGCUUCGACUACACGAAGUGCUUUGACCAGUUCCUGGUGUACGUCUACCCGCUGGAGCCGCUGAACUCGCUUGGCGCCGCGCCGCCCAUCAGCUCCAAUUAUCAGAAAAUCCUAACAGCGAUCCGUGAGUCGCGCUACUAUACCGCGGACCCCUCCAAAGCGUGUCUGUUCGUCCUCGGCAUCGACACCCUGGACCGCGACUCUCUGUCCGAGGACUACGUACGGAAUGUGCCAUCGCGGCUGUCGCGGCUUCCUUACUGGAAUAACGGCCGCAAUCAUAUCAUCUUCAACUUGUACUCCGGCACUUGGCCCGACUACAACGAACAUUCGCUGGGCUUCGACCCGGGCGAAGCGAUCCUGGCUAAGGCAAGCAUGAGCCACCAACAGAUCCGGCCCGGAUUCGACGUUAGCAUCCCGCUUUUCCACAAACAAUUUCCGCUACGAGCCGGAAACACAGGAUUUGUCCAGAGCAACAACUUUCCGACGAAUAAAAAGUAUUUGUUGGCGUUCAAAGGGAAACGAUAUGUCCACGGAAUCGGUUCAGAGACGAGAAAUUCACUUUUUCAUUUGCAUAACGCCCGGGAUUUAGUUCUGGUGACUACUUGCCGUCAUGGAAAGAGCUGGAGGGAUUUGCAGGACGCUCGAUGCGAUGAGGACAACCGAGAAUAUGACAGAUAUGACUACGAGACUCUUCUUCAGAACUCAACGUUUUGCCUGGUGCCCCGCGGACGACGCCUGGGAUCCUUCAGAUUCCUUGAAGCCCUUCAAGCUGGCUGUAUUCCUGUUUUACUUUCGAACGCAUGGGUUUUGCCGUUCGAAUCGAAAAUCGAUUGGAAACAAGCGGCCAUUUGGGCCGACGAACGACUGCUCCUUCAAGUGCCAGAAAUCGUCCGGUCUAUAUCAGUUAGUCGAAUCUUAGCACUACGCCAGCAGACGCAAAUUCUCUGGGAACGGUACUUUGGAUCUAUCGAGAAAAUAGUCUUCACAACAUUUGAGAUAAUCCGAGAGCGCUUACCAGACUAUCCAUUACGAAACAGUUUGAUCUGGAACUCAUCUCCUGGUGCUUUGCUUACACUUCCUACAUUUUCAGAUUCCUCCCGAUUUAUGCCAUUUUUAUUAGACCGCCUCGAUUACUCACCACGCUCGAACUACACAGCCGUGAUAUAUGUCCAAAUUGGGGCUCCCAUGACUCCAAAUGUAGCACUUUAUAAACUAGUCAAAACUAUAUCAAAAAGUCAAUUUGUAGAUAGAAUAUUAGUUUUAUGGGCAGCUGAUCGUCCGAUUCCAUCCAAAAAACGAUGGCCAUCAACCAAUCACAUACCAUUGCAUAUAAUGACAAGUCCGUUGAUGAACGAUGAACGGCCUAGCAUAUCCCAAAGAUUUUAUCCUUACGAUGAAAUUCAGACUGAUGCGAUCCUCUCCCUAGACGAGGAUGCAACACUUAAUACUGAUGAGCUGGACUUUGCAUAUUCGGUUUGGCGAAAUUUUCCAGAUCGUAUUGUUGGAUAUCCAGCUCGUGCACAUUUUUGGGAUGACUCAAAGAAUGCAUGGGGCUACACAUCAAAAUGGACCAAUUACUAUUCCAUUGUGUUAACAGGAGCAGCUUUCUAUCAUCGCUACUACAACUACUUGUACACUCAUUGGCUGUCCUUGUUACUACUGAAGACUGUUCAACAAUCCUCUAAUUGUGAAGAUAUCCUUAUGAAUCUCCUCGUUUCGCAUGUAACACGUAAACCGCCAAUAAAGGUUACACAGCGAAAGGGUUAUAAGGAUCGUGAGGGUGGACGAUCACCGUGGAACGAUCCUGAUCACUUCAUCCAACGGCAAAGUUGCUUGAAUACAUUUGCUGCUGUAUUUGGAUACAUGCCAUUGUUACGUUCCAAUGUACGUCUAGAUCCAGUUCUCUACAAGGAUCCGGUGUCUAAUUUAAGGAAAAAGUAUCGACAAAUCGAACUAGUGGGCAGCUAGCGUUUUAUGUAUACUACGUACAGAUAAGUUAAACUGUUGAUUAAGUCUAAAGAUUUUUUUUUAAUUAUUUCAAUUCUCCUUAGCGUAUAAGUUUUUUUAAUUAUUACGCUAUUAUAAAUAUAUAUUUUUUGUAAAUUUUAUAUGUACAUUAUACAUAGACGAUGGAAAGUACUUGAGUCAUGCUUUUUUUAUCCGUAAUUGAUAAAUCAAGUAACAAUAACCGCGAUCAAUUCAAUUCAAAUUAGAAUAUAUCAAUGUAUUAGUCGGAAUAUGGUUGAAUGCUUCUCCCAAGGAAGCAAACUCGAAAUUUAAGUUUAUCAUGUUUAGCACGUAAGUAGAGAAAUUUUUUAUAUAUGUAUGAUUAUCGUCAAAGGAAAUGCAAAUGUUAUCAAGGAUUAAAAAAAAAGAUAUUCGAAAACUGUAACGUGUACGUAAGAUACGUAAGGAUCUAGGAUAAAAUCACUUCCAUACGAAGCAGCUCGCACAAGAUACAUUUCGUCUGACUGAAUCGGGGAACUAUCCUUUGAUGUUGAAUCCGCGGACAUUCAUUAUAUUUCUGUGAUUAUUUUUCAUUUCUGCGUCCUCGUCGCAACAUCAAAAGGGAUCCAAUGCGAUUGCCUCAAUUAAGUACUUGACAUAAUUGAAAUGAAUUUAAUAUUUCCCUUUCAACUUGUUCCAAAGAAAUAUGAAAAUCCAAUUUGUUUGAGAAAAAUGCUCCACCUACGAUUUAAGGGGGGGGGGGAGGGAACCCUCGUUCCAGUCUACGCGUUGUCAGUUUCUGCUCGGCUUUGAUUUCACUUCUUGGAAAGAAUUAUCACACUAACGACUCUUUGCCUGGUGGAGCGGGUGUGCAAAGAAAUCGAAUCUUAAAAAAAAGGACCUCAACAUCUUGCUUCCAAGAUGGUAUUUGUUCUUUGUGUACGAGUAUCUACUCAAUUUGCGUUUGUCAUUCCUUUUGGUCCUUCGGGCACGUCUCCUAGCAAAACUUAAUAUGUUUCAUUCAACUAUCGGCAAAAAUGUCCUCCUUCCUUUUUUUUCAUCAUGAAUACAUGAAUUUUGGGUUAUACGCCCUAAAUCCCAACACUCGGCACCAUUAGUGGACUCUUUGAAUAUGAAGUUGAGGUAAAACAUGCAAGCACAGCAAUUUCCCCUUUGAUCUAUUUCAUUUUAAAUAAUUCCUUAUGUUUGCAAUAUUCAUAGCGUAUGUGGUCCAUCUUCGUCAUCAACUCAUCUUAUUUUCUUCUUAAUAUGUUUCUGGUUCCGUGCGCUCAUCUUUUUUUC